AUGAGAGUAGACUGGAAGCCUAAUCGGCAGCCCGAGUCAGGGGUGGACUGGAAGCCUAAUCGGCAGCCCGAGUCAGGGGUGGACUGGAAGCCUAAUCGGCAGCCCGAGUCAGGGGUGGACUGGAAGCCUAAUCGGCAGCCCGAGUCAGGGGUGGACUGGAAGCCUAAUCGGCAGCCCGAGUCAGGGGUGGACUGGAAGCCUAAUCGGCAGCCCGAGUCAGGGGUGGACUGGAAGCCUAAUCGGCAGCCCGAGUCAGGGGUGGACUGGAAGCCUAAUCGGCAGCCCGAGUCAGGGGUGGACUGGAAGCCUAAUCGGCAGCCCGAGUCAGGGGUGGACUGGAAGCCUAAUCGGCAGCCCGAGUCAGGGGUGGACUGGAAGCCUAAUCGGCAGCCCGAGUCAGGGGUGGACUGGAAGCCUAAUCGGCAGCCCGAGUCAGGGGUGGACUGGAAGCCUAAUCGGCAGCCCGAGUCAGGGGUGGACUGGAAGCCUAAUCGGCAGCCCGAGUCAGGGGUGGACUGGAAGCCUAAUCGGCAGCCCGAGUCAGGGGUGGACUGGAAGCCUAAUCGGCAGCCCGAGUCAGGGGUGGACUGGAAGCCUAAUCGGCAGCCCGAGUCAGGGGUGGACUGGAAGCCUAAUCGGCAGCCCGAGUCAGGGGUGGACUGGAAGCCUAAUCGGCAGCCCGAGUCCGGGGUGGACUGGAAGCCUAAUCGGCAGCCCGAGUCCGGGGUGGACUGGAAGCCUAAUUGGCAGCCCGAGUCCGGGGUGGACUGGAAGCCUAAUCGGCAGCCCGAGUCAGGGGUGGACUGGAAGCCUAAUCGGCAGCCCGAGUCCGGGGUGGACUGGAAGCCUAAUCGGCAGCCCGAGUCCGGGGUGGACUGGAAGCCUAAUCGGCAGCCCGAGUCAGGGGUGGACUGGAAGCCUAAUCGGCAGCCCGAUUCAGGGGUGGACUGGAAGCCUAAUCGGCAGCCCGAGUCAGGGGUGGACUGGAAGCCUAAUCGGCAGCCCGAGUCAGGGGUGGACUGGAAGCCUAAUCGGCAGCCCGAGUCAGGGGUGGACUGGAAGCCUAAUCGGCAGCCCGAGUCAGGGGUGGACUGGAAGCCUAAUCGGCAGCCCGAGUCAGGGGUGGACUGGAAGCCUAAUCGGCAGCCCGAGUCAGGGGUGGACUGGAAGCCUAAUCGGCAGCCCGAGUCAGGGGUGGACUGGAAGCCUAAUCGGCAGCCCGAGUCAGGGGUGGACUGGAAGCCUAAUCGGCAGCCCGAGUCAGGGGUGGACUGGAAGCCUAAUCGGCAGCCCGAGUCAGGGGUGGACUGGAAGCCUAAUCGGCAGCCCGAGUCAGGGGUGGACUGGAAGCCUAAUCGGCAGCCCGAGUCCGGGGUGGACUGGAAGCCUAAUCGGCAGCCCGAGUCCGGGGUGGACUGGAAGCCUAAUCGGCAGCCCGAGUCCGGGGUGGACUGGAAGCCUAAUCGGCAGCCCGAGUCAGGGGUGGACUGGAAGCCUAAUCGGCAGCCCGAGUCCGGGGUGGACUGGAAGCCUAAUCGGCAGCCCGAGUCCGGGGUGGACUGGAAGCCUAAUCGGCAGCCCGAGUCCGGGGUGGACUGGAAGCCUAAUCGGCAGCCCGAGUCCGGGGUGGACUGGAAGCCUAAUCGGCAGCCCGAGUCAGGGGUGGACUGGAAGCCUAAUCGGCAGCCCGAGUCAGGGGUGGACUGGAAGCCUAAUCGGCAGCCCGAGUCAGGGGUGGACUGGAAGCCUAAUCGGCAGCCCGAGUCAGGGGUGGACUGGAAGCCUAAUCGGCAGCCCGAGUCCGGUGUGGACUGGAAGCCUAAUCGGCAGCCCGAGUCAGGGGUGGACUGGAAGCCUAAUCGGCAGCCCGAGUCAGGGGUGGACUGGAAGCCUAAUCGGCAGCCCGAGUCAGGGGUGGACUGGAAGCCUAAUCGGCAGCCCGAGUCAGGGGUGGACUGGAAGCCUAAUCGGCAGCCCGAGUCAGGGGUGGACUGGAAGCCUAAUCGGCAGCCCGAGUCCGGGGUGGACUGGAAGCCUAAUCGGCAGCCCGAGUCCGGGGUGGACUGGAAGCCUAAUCGGCAGCCCGAGUCAGGGGUGGACUGGAAGCCUAAUCGGCAGCCCGAGUCAGGGGUGGACUGGAAGCCUAAUCGGCAGCCCGAGUCCGGGGUGGACUGGAAGCCUAAUCGGCAGCCCGAGUCCGGGGUGGACUGGAAGCCUAAUCGGCAGCCCGAGUCCGGGGUGGACUGGAAGCCUAAUCGGCAGCCCGAGUCCGGGGUGGACUGGAAGCCUAAUCGGCAGCCCGAGUCCGGGGUGGACUGGAAGCCUAAUCGGCAGCCCGAGUCCGGGGUGGACUGGAAGCCUAAUCGGCAGCCCGAGUCAGGGGUGGACUGGAAGCCUAAUCGGCAGCCCGAGUCCGGGGUGGACUGGAAGCCUAAUCGGCAGCCCGAGUCAGGGGUGGACUGGAAGCCUAAUCGGCAGCCCGAGUCAGGGGUGGACUGGAAGCCUAAUCGGCAGCCCGAGUCAGGGGUGGACUGGAAGCCUAAUCGGCAGCCCGAGUCAGGGGUGGACUGGAAGCCUAAUCGGCAGCCCGAGUCAGGGGUGGACUGGAAGCCUAAUCGGCAGCCCGAGUCAGGGGUGGACUGGAAGCCUAAUCGGCAGCCCGAGUCAGGGGUGGACUGGAAGCCUAAUCGGCAGCCCGAGUCAGGGGUGGACUGGAAGCCUAAUCGGCAGCCCGAGUCAGGGGUGGACUGGAAGCCUAAUCGGCAGCCCGAGUCAGGGGUGGACUGGAAGCCUAAUCGGCAGCCCGAGUCAGGGGUGGACUGGAAGCCUAAUCGGCAGCCCGAGUCAGGGGUGGACUGGAAGCCUAAUCGGCAGCCCGAGUCCGGGGUGGACUGGAAGCCUAAUCGGCAGCCCGAGUCAGGGGUGGACUGGAAGCCUAAUCGGCAGCCCGAGUCAGGGGUGGACUGGAAGCCUAAUCGGCAGCCCGAGUCCGGGGUGGACUGGAAGCCUAAUCGGCAGCCCGAGUCAGGGGUGGACUGGAAGCCUAAUCGGCAGCCCGAGUCAGGGGUGGACUGGAAGCCUAAUCGGCAGCCCGAGUCAGGGGUGGACUGGAAGCCUAAUCGGCAGCCCGAGUCAGGGGUGGACUGGAAGCCUAAUCGGCAGCCCGAGUCCGGGGUGGACUGGAAGCCUAAUCGGCAGCCCGAGUCAGGGGUGGACUGGAAGCCUAAUCGGCAGCCCGAGUCAGGGGUGGACUGGAAGCCUAAUCGGCAGCCCGAGUCAGGGGUGGACUGGAAGCCUAAUCGGCAGCCCGAGUCCGGGGUGGACUGGAAGCCUAAUCGGCAGCCCGAGUCCGGGGUGGACUGGAAGCCUAAUCGGCAGCCCGAGUCAGGGGUGGACUGGAAGCCUAAUCGGCAGCCCGAGUCCGGGCCCGAGUCCGGGGUGGACUGGAAGCCUAAUCGGCAGCCCGAGUCCGGGGUGGACUGGAAGCCUAAUCGGCAGCCCGAGUCAGGGGUGGACUGGAAGCCUAAUCGGCAGCCCGAGUCCGGGGUGGACUGGAAGCCUAAUCGGCAGCCCGAGUCCGGGGUGGACUGGAAGCCUAAUCGGCAGCCCGAGUCAGGGGUGGACUGGAAGCCUAAUCGGCAGCCCGAGUCCGGGGUGGACUGGAAGCCUAAUCGGCAGCCCGAGUCAGGGGUGGACUGGAAGCCUAAUCGGCAGCCCGAGUCCGGGGUGGACUGGAAGCCUAAUCGGCAGCCCGAGUCAGGGGUGGACUGGAAGCCUAAUCGGCAGCCCGAGUCCGGGGUGGACUGGAAGCCUAAUCGGCAGCCCGAGUCCGGGGUGGACUGGAAGCCUAAUCGGCAGCCCGAGUCAGGGGUGGACUGGAAGCCUAAUCGGCAGCCCGAGUCCGGGGUGGACUGGAAGCCUAAUCGGCAGCCCGAGUCCGGGGUGGACUGGAAGCCUAAUCGGCAGCCCGAGUCCGGGGUGGACUGGAAGCCUAAUCGGCAGCCCGAGUCCGGGGUGGACUGGAAGCCUAAUCGGCAGCCCGAGUCAGGGGUGGACUGGAAGCCUAAUCGGCAGCCCGAGUCCGGGGUGGACUGGAAGCCUAAUCGGCAGCCCGAGUCCGGGGUGGACUGGAAGCCUAAUCGGCAGCCCGAGUCCGGGGUGGACUGGAAGCCUAAUCGGCAGCCCGAGUCCGGGGUGGACUGGAAGCCUAAUCGGCAGCCCGAGUCAGGGGUGGACUGGAAGCCUAAUCGGCAGCCCGAGUCAGGGGUGGACUGGAAGCCUAAUCGGCAGCCCGAGUCAGGGGUGGACUGGAAGCCUAAUCGGCAGCCCGAGUCAGGGGUGGACUGGAAGCCUAAUCGGCAGCCCGAGUCCGGGGUGGACUGGAAGCCUAAUCGGCAGCCCGAGUCCGGGGUGGACUGGAAGCCUAAUCGGCAGCCCGAGUCAGGGGUGGACUGGAAGCCUAAUCGGCAGCCCGAGUCAGGGGUGGACUGGAAGCCUAAUCGGCAGCCCGAGUCCGGGGUGGACUGGAAGCCUAAUCGGCAGCCCGAGUCCGGGGUGGACUGGAAGCCUAAUCGGCAGCCCGAGUCCGGGGUGGACUGGAAGCCUAAUCGGCAGCCCGAGUCCGGGGUGGACUGGAAGCCUAAUCGGCAGCCCGAGUCCGGGGUGGACUGGAAGCCUAAUCGGCAGCCCGAGUCCGGGGUGGACUGGAAGCCUAAUCGGCAGCCCGAGUCCGGGGUGGACUGGAAGCCUAAUCGGCAGCCCGAGUCAGGGGUGGACUGGAAGCCUAAUCGGCAGCCCGAGUCAGGGGUGGACUGGAAGCCUAAUCGGCAGCCCGAGUCAGGGGUGGACUGGAAGCCUAAUCGGCAGCCCGAGUCAGGGGUGGACUGGAAGCCUAAUCGGCAGCCCGAGUCAGGGGUGGACUGGAAGCCUAAUCGGCAGCCCGAGUCCGGGGUGGACUGGAAGCCUAAUCGGCAGCCCGAGUCAGGGGUGGACUGGAAGCCUAAUCGGCAGCCCGAGUCCGGGGUGGACUGGAAGCCUAAUCGGCAGCCCGAGUCCGGGGUGGACUGGAAGCCUAAUCGGCAGCCCGAGUCAGGGGUGGACUGGAAGCCUAAUCGGCAGCCCGAGUCCGGGGUGGACUGGAAGCCUAAUCGGCAGCCCGAGUCAGGGGUGGACUGGAAGCCUAAUCGGCAGCCCGAGUCAGGGGUGGACUGGAAGCCUAAUCGGCAGCCCGAGUCAGGGGUGGACUGGAAGCCUAAUCGGCAGCCCGAGUCAGGGGUGGACUGGAAGCCUAAUCGGCAGCCCGAGUCAGGGGUGGACUGGAAGCCUAAUCGGCAGCCCGAUUCAGGGGUGGACUGGAAGCCUAAUCGGCAGCCCGAGUCAGGGGUGGACUGGAAGCCUAAUCGGCAGCCCGAGUCCGGGGUGGACUGGAAGCCUAAUCGGCAGCCCGAGUCAGGGGUGGACUGGAAGCCUAAUCGGCAGCCCGAGUCAGGGGUGGACUGGAAGCCUAAUCGGCAGCCCGAGUCAGGGGUGGACUGGAAGCCUAAUCGGCAGCCCGAGUCAGGGGUGGACUGGAAGCCUAAUCGGCAGCCCGAGUCAGGGGUGGACUGGAAGCCUAAUCGGCAGCCCGAGUCAGGGGUGGACUGGAAGCCUAAUCGGCAGCCCGAGUCAGGGGUGGACUGGAAGCCUAAUCGGCAGCCCGAGUCAGGGGUGGACUGGAAGCCUAAUCGGCAGCCCGAGUCAGGGGUGGACUGGAAGCCUAAUCGGCAGCCCGAGUCAGGGGUGGACUGGAAGCCUAAUCGGCAGCCCGAGUCCGGGGUGGACUGGAAGCCUAAUCGGCAGCCCGAGUCCGGGGUGGACUGGAAGCCUAAUCGGCAGCCCGAGUCAGGGGUGGACUGGAAGCCUAAUCGGCAGCCCGAGUCAGGGGUGGACUGGAAGCCUAAUCGGCAGCCCGAGUCAGGGGUGGACUGGAAGCCUAAUCGGCAGCCCGAGUCCGGGGUGGACUGGAAGCCUAAUCGGCAGCCCGAGUCCGGGGUGGACUGGAAGCCUAAUCGGCAGCCCGAGUCAGGGGUGGACUGGAAGCCUAAUCGGCAGCCCGAGUCAGGGGUGGACUGGAAGCCUAAUCGGCAGCCCGAGUCAGGGGUGGACUGGAAGCCUAAUCGGCAGCCCGAGUCAGGGGUGGACUGGAAGCCUAAUCGGCAGCCCGAGUCCGGGGUGGACUGGAAGCCUAAUCGGCAGCCCGAGUCCGGGGUGGACUGGAAGCCUAAUCGGCAGCCCGAGUCCGGGGUGGACUGGAAGCCUAAUCGGCAGCCCGAGUCCGGGGUGGACUGGAAGCCUAAUCGGCAGCCCGAGUCCGGGGUGGACUGGAAGCCUAAUCGGCAGCCCGAGUCAGGGGUGGACUGGAAGCCUAAUCGGCAGCCCGAGUCCGGGGUGGACUGGAAGCCUAAUCGGCAGCCCGAGUCCGGGGUGGACUGGAAGCCUAAUCGGCAGCCCGAGUCCGGGGUGGACUGGAAGCCUAAUCGGCAGCCCGAGUCAGGGGUGGACUGGAAGCCUAAUCGGCAGCCCGAGUCAGGGGUGGACUGGAAGCCUAAUCGGCAGCCCGAGUCAGGGGUGGACUGGAAGCCUAAUCGGCAGCCCGAGUCAGGGGUGGACUGGAAGCCUAAUCGGCAGCCCGAGUCAGGGGUGGACUGGAAGCCUAAUCGGCAGCCCGAGUCAGGGGUGGACUGGAAGCCUAAUCGGCAGCCCGAGUCAGGGGUGGACUGGAAGCCUAAUCGGCAGCCCGAGUCAGGGGUGGACUGGAAGCCUAAUCGGCAGCCCGAGUCAGGGGUGGACUGGAAGCCUAAUCGGCAGCCCGAGUCAGGGGUGGACUGGAAGCCUAAUCGGCAGCCCGAGUCAGGGGUGGACUGGAAGCCUAAUCGGCAGCCCGAGUCAGGGGUGGACUGGAAGCCUAAUCGGCAGCCCGAGUCAGGGGUGGACUGGAAGCCUAAUCGGCAGCCCGAGUCCGGGGUGGACUGGAAGCCUAAUCGGCAGCCCGAGUCAGGGGUGGACUGGAAGCCUAAUCGGCAGCCCGAGUCAGGGGUGGACUGGAAGCCUAAUCGGCAGCCCGAGUCAGGGGUGGACUGGAAGCCUAAUCGGCAGCCCGAGUCCGGGGUGGACUGGAAGCCUAAUCGGCAGCCCGAGUCCGGGGUGGACUGGAAGCCUAAUCGGCAGCCCGAGUCCGGGGUGGACUGGAAGCCUAAUCGGCAGCCCGAGUCAGGGGUGGACUGGAAGCCUAAUCGGCAGCCCGAGUCAGGGGUGGACUGGAAGCCUAAUCGGCAGCCCGAGUCAGGGGUGGACUGGAAGCCUAAUCGGCAGCCCGAGUCAGGGGUGGACUGGAAGCCUAAUCGGCAGCCCGAGUCAGGGGUGGACUGGAAGCCUAAUCGGCAGCCCGAGUCAGGGGUGGACUGGAAGCCUAAUCGGCAGCCCGAGUCAGGGGUGGACUGGAAGCCUAAUCGGCAGCCCGAGUCAGGGGUGGACUGGAAGCCUAAUCGGCAGCCCGAGUCAGGGGUGGACUGGAAGCCUAAUCGGCAGCCCGAGUCAGGGGUGGACUGGAAGCCUAAUCGGCAGCCCGAGUCAGGGGUGGACUGGAAGCCUAAUCGGCAGCCCGAGUCAGGGGUGGACUGGAAGCCUAAUCGGCAGCCCGAGUCAGGGGUGGACUGGAAGCCUAAUCGGCAGCCCGAGUCAGGGGUGGACUGGAAGCCUAAUCGGCAGCCCGAGUCAGGGGUGGACUGGAAGCCUAAUCGGCAGCCCGAGUCAGGGGUGGACUGGAAGCCUAAUCGGCAGCCCGAGUCCGGGGUGGACUGGAAGCCUAAUCGGCAGCCCGAGUCAGGGGUGGACUGGAAGCCUAAUCGGCAGCCCGAGUCAGGGGUGGACUGGAAGCCUAAUCGGCAGCCCGAGUCAGGGGUGGACUGGAAGCCUAAUCGGCAGCCCGAGUCAGGGGUGGACUGGAAGCCUAAUCGGCAGCCCGAGUCAGGGGUGGACUGGAAGCCUAAUCGGCAGCCCGAGUCAGGGGUGGACUGGAAGCCUAAUCGGCAGCCCGAGUCAGGGGUGGACUGGAAGCCUAAUCGGCAGCCCGAGUCAGGGGUGGACUGGAAGCCUAAUCGGCAGCCCGAGUCAGGGGUGGACUGGAAGCCUAAUCGGCAGCCCGAGUCAGGGGUGGACUGGAAGCCUAAUCGGCAGCCCGAGUCAGGGGUGGACUGGAAGCCUAAUCGGCAGCCCGAGUCAGGGGUGGACUGGAAGCCUAAUCGGCAGCCCGAGUCAGGGGUGGACUGGAAGCCUAAUCGGCAGCCCGAGUCAGGGGUGGACUGGAAGCCUAAUCGGCAGCCCGAGUCCGGGGUGGACUGGAAGCCUAAUCGGCAGCCCGAGUCCGGGGUGGACUGGAAGCCUAAUCGGCAGCCCGAGUCAGGGGUGGACUGGAAGCCUAAUCGGCAGCCCGAGUCAGGGGUGGACUGGAAGCCUAAUCGGCAGCCCGAGUCAGGGGUGGACUGGAAGCCUAAUCGGCAGCCCGAGUCCGGGGUGGACUGGAAGCCUAAUCGGCAGCCCGAGUCCGGGGUGGACUGGAAGCCUAAUCGGCAGCCCGAGUCAGGGGUGGACUGGAAGCCUAAUCGGCAGCCCGAGUCAGGGGUGGACUGGAAGCCUAAUCGGCAGCCCGAGUCCGGGGUGGACUGGAAGCCUAAUCGGCAGCCCGAGUCAGGGGUGGACUGGAAGCCUAAUCGGCAGCCCGAGUCAGGGGUGGACUGGAAGCCUAAUCGGCAGCCCGAGUCAGGGGUGGACUGGAAGCCUAAUCGGCAGCCCGAGUCAGGGGUGGACUGGAAGCCUAAUCGGCAGCCCGAGUCCGGGGUGGACUGGAAGCCUAAUCGGCAGCCCGAGUCAGGGGUGGACUGGAAGCCUAAUCGGCAGCCCGAGUCAGGGGUGGACUGGAAGCCUAAUCGGCAGCCCGAGUCCGGGGUGGACUGGAAGCCUAAUCGGCAGCCCGAGUCAGGGGUGGACUGGAAGCCUAAUCGGCAGCCCGAGUCCGGGGUGGACUGGAAGCCUAAUCGGCAGCCCGAGUCAGGGGUGGACUGGAAGCCUAAUCGGCAGCCCGAGUCCGGGGUGGACUGGAAGCCUAAUCGGCAGCCCGAGUCAGGGGUGGACUGGAAGCCUAAUCGGCAGCCCGAGUCCGGGGUGGACUGGAAGCCUAAUCGGCAGCCCGAGUCCGGGGUGGACUGGAAGCCUAAUCGGCAGCCCGAGUCAGGGGUGGACUGGAAGCCUAAUCGGCAGCCCGAGUCAGGGGUGGACUGGAAGCCUAAUCGGCAGCCCGAGUCAGGGGUGGACUGGAAGCCUAAUCGGCAGCCCGAGUCCGGGCCCGAGUCAGGGGUGGACUGGAAGCCUAAUCGGCAGCCCGAGUCAGGGGUGGACUGGAAGCCUAAUCGGCAGCCCGAGUCCGGGGUGGACUGGAAGCCUAAUCGGCAGCCCGAGUCCGGGGUGGACUGGAAGCCUAAUCGGCAGCCCGAGUCAGGGGUGGACUGGAAGCCUAAUCGGCAGCCCGAGUCAGGGGUGGACUGGAAGCCUAAUCGGCAGCCCGAGUCAGGGGUGGACUGGAAGCCUAAUCGGCAGCCCGAGUCAGGGGUGGACUGGAAGCCUAAUCGGCAGCCCGAGUCAGGGGUGGACUGGAAGCCUAAUCGGCAGCCCGAGUCAGGGGUGGACUGGAAGCCUAAUCGGCAGCCCGAGUCAGGGGUGGACUGGAAGCCUAAUCGGCAGCCCGAGUCAGGGGUGGACUGGAAGCCUAAUCGGCAGCCCGAGUCAGGGGUGGACUGGAAGCCUAAUCGGCAGCCCGAGUCCGGGGUGGACUGGAAGCCUAAUCGGCAGCCCGAGUCCGGGGUGGACUGGAAGCCUAAUCGGCAGCCCGAGUCCGGGGUGGACUGGAAGCCUAAUCGGCAGCCCGAGUCAGGGGUGGACUGGAAGCCUAAUCGGCAGCCCGAGUCAGGGGUGGACUGGAAGCCUAAUCGGCAGCCCGAGUCAGGGGUGGACUGGAAGCCUAAUCGGCAGCCCGAGUCAGGGGUGGACUGGAAGCCUAAUCGGCAGCCCGAGUCAGGGGUGGACUGGAAGCCUAAUCGGCAGCCCGAGUCAGGGGUGGACUGGAAGCCUAAUCGGCAGCCCGAGUCAGGGGUGGACUGGAAGCCUAAUCGGCAGCCCGAGUCAGGGGUGGACUGGAAGCCUAAUCGGCAGCCCGAGUCAGGGGUGGACUGGAAGCCUAAUCGGCAGCCCGAGUCAGGGGUGGACUGGAAGCCUAAUCGGCAGCCCGAGUCAGGGGUGGACUGGAAGCCUAAUCGGCAGCCCGAGUCCGGGGUGGACUGGAAGCCUAAUCGGCAGCCCGAGUCAGGGGUGGACUGGAAGCCUAAUCGGCAGCCCGAGUCAGGGGUGGACUGGAAGCCUAAUCGGCAGCCCGAGUCAGGGGUGGACUGGAAGCCUAAUCGGCAGCCCGAGUCCGGGGUGGACUGGAAGCCUAAUCGGCAGCCCGAGUCCGGGGUGGACUGGAAGCCUAAUCGGCAGCCCGAGUCAGGGGUGGACUGGAAGCCUAAUCGGCAGCCCGAGUCAGGGGUGGACUGGAAGCCUAAUCGGCAGCCCGAGUCCGGGGUGGACUGGAAGCCUAAUCGGCAGCCCGAGUCAGGGGUGGACUGGAAGCCUAAUCGGCAGCCCGAGUCAGGGGUGGACUGGAAGCCUAAUCGGCAGCCCGAGUCAGGGGUGGACUGGAAGCCUAAUCGGCAGCCCGAGUCAGGGGUGGACUGGAAGCCUAAUCGGCAGCCCGAGUCAGGGGUGGACUGGAAGCCUAAUCGGCAGCCCGAGUCAGGGGUGGACUGGAAGCCUAAUCGGCAGCCCGAGUCAGGGGUGGACUGGAAGCCUAAUCGGCAGCCCGAGUCAGGGGUGGACUGGAAGCCUAAUCGGCAGCCCGAGUCCGGGGUGGACUGGAAGCCUAAUCGGCAGCCCGAGUCCGGGGUGGACUGGAAGCCUAAUCGGCAGCCCGAGUCCGGGGUGGACUGGAAGCCUAAUCGGCAGCCCGAGUCCGGGGUGGACUGGAAGCCUAAUCGGCAGCCCGAGUCAGGGGUGGACUGGAAGCCUAAUCGGCAGCCCGAGUCCGGGGUGGACUGGAAGCCUAAUCGGCAGCCCGAGUCCGGGGUGGACUGGAAGCCUAAUCGGCAGCCCGAGUCCGGGGUGGACUGGAAGCCUAAUCGGCAGCCCGAGUCAGGGGUGGACUGGAAGCCUAAUCGGCAGCCCGAGUCAGGGGUGGACUGGAAGCCUAAUCGGCAGCCCGAGUCAGGGGUGGACUGGAAGCCUAAUCGGCAGCCCGAGUCCGGGGUGGACUGGAAGCCUAAUCGGCAGCCCGAGUCCGGGGUGGACUGGAAGCCUAAUCGGCAGCCCGAGUCAGGGGUGGACUGGAAGCCUAAUCGGCAGCCCGAGUCAGGGGUGGACUGGAAGCCUAAUCGGCAGCCCGAGUCCGGGGUGGACUGGAAGCCUAAUCGGCAGCCCGAGUCCGGGGUGGACUGGAAGCCUAAUCGGCAGCCCGAGUCCGGGGUGGACUGGAAGCCUAAUCGGCAGCCCGAGUCCGGGGUGGACUGGAAGCCUAAUCGGCAGCCCGAGUCCGGGGUGGACUGGAAGCCUAAUCGGCAGCCCGAGUCCGGGGUGGACUGGAAGCCUAAUCGGCAGCCCGAGUCCGGGGUGGACUGGAAGCCUAAUCGGCAGCCCGAGUCCGGGGUGGACUGGAAGCCUAAUCGGCAGCCCGAGUCCGGGGUGGACUGGAAGCCUAAUCGGCAGCCCGAGUCCGGGGUGGACUGGAAGCCUAAUCGGCAGCCCGAGUCCGGGGUGGACUGGAAGCCUAAUCGGCAGCCCGAGUCCGGGGUGGACUGGAAGCCUAAUCGGCAGCCCGAGUCCGGGGUGGACUGGAAGCCUAAUCGGCAGCCCGAGUCCGGGGUGGACUGGAAGCCUAAUCGGCAGCCCGAGUCCGGGGUGGACUGGAAGCCUAAUCGGCAGCCCGAGUCCGGGGUGGACUGGAAGCCUAAUCGGCAGCCCGAGUCCGGGGUGGACUGGAAGCCUAAUCGGCAGCCCGAGUCCGGGGUGGACUGGAAGCCUAAUCGGCAGCCCGAGUCAGGGGUGGACUGGAAGCCUAAUCGGCAGCCCGAGUCAGGGGUGGACUGGAAGCCUAAUCGGCAGCCCGAGUCCGGGGUGGACUGGAAGCCUAAUCGGCAGCCCGAGUCCGGGGUGGACUGGAAGCCUAAUCGGCAGCCCGAGUCAGGGGUGGACUGGAAGCCUAAUCGGCAGCCCGAGUCAGGGGUGGACUGGAAGCCUAAUCGGCAGCCCGAGUCAGGGGUGGACUGGAAGCCUAAUCGGCAGCCCGAGUCAGGGGUGGACUGGAAGCCUAAUCGGCAGCCCGAGUCCGGGGUGGACUGGAAGCCUAAUCGGCAGCCCGAGUCCGGGGUGGACUGGAAGCCUAAUCGGCAGCCCGAGUCCGGGGUGGACUGGAAGCCUAAUCGGCAGCCCGAGUCGGGGGUGGACUGGAAGCCUAAUCGGCAGCCCGAGUCAGGGGUGGACUGGAAGCCUAAUCGGCAGCCCGAGUCAGGGGUGGACUGGAAGCCUAAUCGGCAGCCCGAGUCCGGGGUGGACUGGAAGCCUAAUCGGCAGCCCGAGUCCGGGGUGGACUGGAAGCCUAAUCGGCAGCCCGAGUCCGGGGUGGACUGGAAGCCUAAUCGGCAGCCCGAGUCCGGGGUGGACUGGAAGCCUAAUCGGCAGCCCGAGUCCGGGGUGGACUGGAAGCCUAAUCGGCAGCCCGAGUCCGGGGUGGACUGGAAGCCUAAUCGGCAGCCCGAGUCCGGGGUGGACUGGAAGCCUAAUCGGCAGCCCGAGUCCGGGGUGGACUGGAAGCCUAAUCGGCAGCCCGAGUCCGGGGUGGACUGGAAGCCUAAUCGGCAGCCCGAGUCCGGGGUGGACUGGAAGCCUAAUCGGCAGCCCGAGUCCGGGGUGGACUGGAAGCCUAAUCGGCAGCCCGAGUCCGGGGUGGACUGGAAGCCUAAUCGGCAGCCCGAGUCCGGGGUGGACUGGAAGCCUAAUCGGCAGCCCGAGUCCGGGGUGGACUGGAAGCCUAAUCGGCAGCCCGAGUCAGGGGUGGACUGGAAGCCUAAUCGGCAGCCCGAGUCCGGGGUGGACUGGAAGCCUAAUCGGCAGCCCGAGUCCGGGGUGGACUGGAAGCCUAAUCGGCAGCCCGAGUCCGGGGUGGACUGGAAGCCUAAUCGGCAGCCCGAGUCCGGGGUGGACUGGAAGCCUAAUCGGCAGCCCGAGUCCGGGGUGGACUGGAAGCCUAAUCGGCAGCCCGAGUCCGGGGUGGACUGGAAGCCUAAUCGGCAGCCCGAGUCCGGGGUGGACUGGAAGCCUAAUCGGCAGCCCGAGUCCGGGGUGGACUGGAAGCCUAAUCGGCAGCCCGAGUCCGGGGUGGACUGGAAGCCUAAUCGGCAGCCCGAGUCCGGGGUGGACUGGAAGCCUAAUCGGCAGCCCGAGUCCGGGGUGGACUGGAAGCCUAAUCGGCAGCCCGAGUCCGGGGUGGACUGGAAGCCUAAUCGGCAGCCCGAGUCCGGGGUGGACUGGAAGCCUAAUCGGCAGCCCGAGUCCGGGGUGGACUGGAAGCCUAAUCGGCAGCCCGAGUCCGGGGUGGACUGGAAGCCUAAUCGGCAGCCCGAGUCCGGGGUGGACUGGAAGCCUAAUCGGCAGCCCGAGUCCGGGGUGGACUGGAAGCCUAAUCGGCAGCCCGAGUCCGGGGUGGACUGGAAGCCUAAUCGGCAGCCCGAGUCCGGGGUGGACUGGAAGCCUAAUCGGCAGCCCGAGUCCGGGGUGGACUGGAAGCCUAAUCGGCAGCCCGAGUCCGGGGUGGACUGGAAGCCUAAUCGGCAGCCCGAGUCCGGGGUGGACUGGAAGCCUAAUCGGCAGCCCGAGUCCGGGGUGGACUGGAAGCCUAAUCGGCAGCCCGAGUCCGGGGUGGACUGGAAGCCUAAUCGGCAGCCCGAGUCCGGGGUGGACUGGAAGCCUAAUCGGCAGCCCGAGUCCGGGGUGGACUGGAAGCCUAAUCGGCAGCCCGAGUCCGGGGUGGACUGGAAGCCUAAUCGGCAGCCCGAGUCCGGGGUGGACUGGAAGCCUAAUCGGCAGCCCGAGUCCGGGGUGGACUGGAAGCCUAAUCGGCAGCCCGAGUCCGGGGUGGACUGGAAGCCUAAUCGGCAGCCCGAGUCCGGGGUGGACUGGAAGCCUAAUCGGCAGCCCGAGUCCGGGGUGGACUGGAAGCCUAAUCGGCAGCCCGAGUCCGGGGUGGACUGGAAGCCUAAUCGGCAGCCCGAGUCCGGGGUGGACUGGAAGCCUAAUCGGCAGCCCGAGUCCGGGGUGGACUGGAAGCCUAAUCGGCAGCCCGAGUCCGGGGUGGACUGGAAGCCUAAUCGGCAGCCCGAGUCCGGGGUGGACUGGAAGCCUAAUCGGCAGCCCGAGUCCGGGGUGGACUGGAAGCCUAAUCGGCAGCCCGAGUCCGGGGUGGACUGGAAGCCUAAUCGGCAGCCCGAGUCCGGGGUGGACUGGAAGCCUAAUCGGCAGCCCGAGUCCGGGGUGGACUGGAAGCCUAAUCGGCAGCCCGAGUCCGGGGUGGACUGGAAGCCUAAUCGGCAGCCCGAGUCCGGGGUGGACUGGAAGCCUAAUCGGCAGCCCGAGUCCGGGGUGGACUGGAAGCCUAAUCGGCAGCCCGAGUCCGGGGUGGACUGGAAGCCUAAUCGGCAGCCCGAGUCCGGGGUGGACUGGAAGCCUAAUCGGCAGCCCGAGUCCGGGGUGGACUGGAAGCCUAAUCGGCAGCCCGAGUCCGGGGUGGACUGGAAGCCUAAUCGGCAGCCCGAGUCCGGGGUGGACUGGAAGCCUAAUCGGCAGCCCGAGUCCGGGGUGGACUGGAAGCCUAAUCGGCAGCCCGAGUCCGGGGUGGACUGGAAGCCUAAUCGGCAGCCCGAGUCCGGGGUGGACUGGAAGCCUAAUCGGCAGCCCGAGUCCGGGGUGGACUGGAAGCCUAAUCGGCAGCCCGAGUCCGGGGUGGACUGGAAGCCUAAUCGGCAGCCCGAGUCCGGGGUGGACUGGAAGCCUAAUCGGCAGCCCGAGUCCGGGGUGGACUGGAAGCCUAAUCGGCAGCCCGAGUCCGGGGUGGACUGGAAGCCUAAUCGGCAGCCCGAGUCCGGGGUGGACUGGAAGCCUAAUCGGCAGCCCGAGUCCGGGGUGGACUGGAAGCCUAAUCGGCAGCCCGAGUCCGGGGUGGACUGGAAGCCUAAUCGGCAGCCCGAGUCCGGGGUGGACUGGAAGCCUAAUCGGCAGCCCGAGUCCGGGGUGGACUGGAAGCCUAAUCGGCAGCCCGAGUCCGGGGUGGACUGGAAGCCUAAUCGGCAGCCCGAGUCCGGGGUGGACUGGAAGCCUAAUCGGCAGCCCGAGUCCGGGGUGGACUGGAAGCCUAAUCGGCAGCCCGAGUCCGGGGUGGACUGGAAGCCUAAUCGGCAGCCCGAGUCCGGGGUGGACUGGAAGCCUAAUCGGCAGCCCGAGUCCGGGGUGGACUGGAAGCCUAAUCGGCAGCCCGAGUCCGGGGUGGACUGGAAGCCUAAUCGGCAGCCCGAGUCCGGGGUGGACUGGAAGCCUAAUCGGCAGCCCGAGUCCGGGGUGGACUGGAAGCCUAAUCGGCAGCCCGAGUCCGGGGUGGACUGGAAGCCUAAUCGGCAGCCCGAGUCCGGGGUGGACUGGAAGCCUAAUCGGCAGCCCGAGUCCGGGGUGGACUGGAAGCCUAAUCGGCAGCCCGAGUCCGGGGUGGACUGGAAGCCUAAUCGGCAGCCCGAGUCCGGGGUGGACUGGAAGCCUAAUCGGCAGCCCGAGUCCGGGGUGGACUGGAAGCCUAAUCGGCAGCCCGAGUCCGGGGUGGACUGGAAGCCUAAUCGGCAGCCCGAGUCCGGGGUGGACUGGAAGCCUAAUCGGCAGCCCGAGUCCGGGGUGGACUGGAAGCCUAAUCGGCAGCCCGAGUCCGGGGUGGACUGGAAGCCUAAUCGGCAGCCCGAGUCCGGGGUGGACUGGAAGCCUAAUCGGCAGCCCGAGUCCGGGGUGGACUGGAAGCCUAAUCGGCAGCCCGAGUCCGGGGUGGACUGGAAGCCUAAUCGGCAGCCCGAGUCCGGGGUGGACUGGAAGCCUAAUCGGCAGCCCGAGUCCGGGGUGGACUGGAAGCCUAAUCGGCAGCCCGAGUCCGGGGUGGACUGGAAGCCUAAUCGGCAGCCCGAGUCCGGGGUGGACUGGAAGCCUAAUCGGCAGCCCGAGUCCGGGGUGGACUGGAAGCCUAAUCGGCAGCCCGAGUCCGGGGUGGACUGGAAGCCUAAUCGGCAGCCCGAGUCAGGGGUGGACUGGAAGCCUAAUCGGCAGCCCGAGUCCGGGGUGGACUGGAAGCCUAAUCGGCAGCCCGAGUCAGGGGUGGACUGGAAGCCUAAUCGGCAGCCCGAGUCCGGGGUGGACUGGAAGCCUAAUCGGCAGCCCGAGUCCGGGGUGGACUGGAAGCCUAAUCGGCAGCCCGAGUCCGGGGUGGACUGGAAGCCUAAUCGGCAGCCCGAGUCCGGGGUGGACUGGAAGCCUAAUCGGCAGCCCGAGUCCGGGCCCGAGUCCGGGGUGGACUGGAAGCCUAAUCGGCAGCCCGAGUCCGGGGUGGACUGGAAGCCUAAUCGGCAGCCCGAGUCCGGGGUGGACUGGAAGCCUAAUCGGCAGCCCGAGUCAGGGGUGGACUGGAAGCCUAAUCGGCAGCCCGAGUCCGGGGUGGACUGGAAGCCUAAUCGGCAGCCCGAGUCCGGGGUGGACUGGAAGCCUAAUCGGCAGCCCGAGUCCGGGGUGGACUGGAAGCCUAAUCGGCAGCCCGAGUCCGGGGUGGACUGGAAGCCUAAUCGGCAGCCCGAGUCCGGGGUGGACUGGAAGCCUAAUCGGCAGCCCGAGUCCGGGGUGGACUGGAAGCCUAAUCGGCAGCCCGAGUCCGGGGUGGACUGGAAGCCUAAUCGGCAGCCCGAGUCAGGGGUGGACUGGAAGCCUAAUCGGCAGCCCGAGUCAGGGGUGGACUGGAAGCCUAAUCGGCAGCCCGAGUCAGGGGUGGACUGGAAGCCUAAUCGGCAGCCCGAGUCAGGGGUGGACUGGAAGCCUAAUCGGCAGCCCGAGUCCGGGGUGGACUGGAAGCCUAAUCGGCAGCCCGAGUCAGGGGUGGACUGGAAGCCUAAUCGGCAGCCCGAGUCCGGGGUGGACUGGAAGCCUAAUCGGCAGCCCGAGUCAGGGGUGGACUGGAAGCCUAAUCGGCAGCCCGAGUCCGGGGUGGACUGGAAGCCUAAUCGGCAGCCCGAGUCCGGGGUGGACUGGAAGCCUAAUCGGCAGCCCGAGUCCGGGGUGGACUGGAAGCCUAAUCGGCAGCCCGAGUCAGGGGUGGACUGGAAGCCUAAUCGGCAGCCCGAGUCCGGGGUGGACUGGAAGCCUAAUCGGCAGCCCGAGUCCGGGGUGGACUGGAAGCCUAAUCGGCAGCCCGAGUCCGGGGUGGACUGGAAGCCUAAUCGGCAGCCCGAGUCCGGGGUGGACUGGAAGCCUAAUCGGCAGCCCGAGUCCGGGGUGGACUGGAAGCCUAAUCGGCAGCCCGAGUCCGGGGUGGACUGGAAGCCUAAUCGGCAGCCCGAGUCCGGGGUGGACUGGAAGCCUAAUCGGCAGCCCGAGUCAGGGGUGGACUGGAAGCCUAAUCGGCAGCCCGAGUCAGGGGUGGACUGGAAGCCUAAUCGGCAGCCCGAGUCCGGGGUGGACUGGAAGCCUAAUCGGCAGCCCGAGUCCGGGGUGGACUGGAAGCCUAAUCGGCAGCCCGAGUCAGGGGUGGACUGGAAGCCUAAUCGGCAGCCCGAGUCAGGGGUGGACUGGAAGCCUAAUCGGCAGCCCGAGUCAGGGGUGGACUGGAAGCCUAAUCGGCAGCCCGAGUCCGGGGUGGACUGGAAGCCUAAUCGGCAGCCCGAGUCCGGGGUGGACUGGAAGCCUAAUCGGCAGCCCGAGUCAGGGGUGGACUGGAAGCCUAAUCGGCAGCCCGAGUCCGGGGUGGACUGGAAGCCUAAUCGGCAGCCCGAGUCCGGGGUGGACUGGAAGCCUAAUCGGCAGCCCGAGUCCGGGGUGGACUGGAAGCCUAAUCGGCAGCCCGAGUCCGGGGUGGACUGGAAGCCUAAUCGGCAGCCCGAGUCCGGGGUGGACUGGAAGCCUAAUCGGCAGCCCGAGUCAGGGGUGGACUGGAAGCCUAAUCGGCAGCCCGAGUCCGGGGUGGACUGGAAGCCUAAUCGGCAGCCCGAGUCCGGGGUGGACUGGAAGCCUAAUCGGCAGCCCGAGUCAGGGGUGGACUGGAAGCCUAAUCGGCAGCCCGAGUCCGGGGUGGACUGGAAGCCUAAUCGGCAGCCCGAGUCAGGGGUGGACUGGAAGCCUAAUCGGCAGCCCGAGUCCGGGGUGGACUGGAAGCCUAAUCGGCAGCCCGAGUCAGGGGUGGACUGGAAGCCUAAUCGGCAGCCCGAGUCAGGGGUGGACUGGAAGCCUAAUCGGCAGCCCGAGUCAGGGGUGGACUGGAAGCCUAAUCGGCAGCCCGAGUCAGGGGUGGACUGGAAGCCUAAUCGGCAGCCCGAGUCAGGGGUGGACUGGAAGCCUAAUCGGCAGCCCGAGUCAGGGGUGGACUGGAAGCCUAAUCGGCAGCCCGAGUCCGGGGUGGACUGGAAGCCUAAUCGGCAGCCCGAGUCCGGGGUGGACUGGAAGCCUAAUCGGCAGCCCGAGUCAGGGGUGGACUGGAAGCCUAAUCGGCAGCCCGAGUCAGGGGUGGACUGGAAGCCUAAUCGGCAGCCCGAGUCAGGGGUGGACUGGAAGCCUAAUCGGCAGCCCGAGUCAGGGGUGGACUGGAAGCCUAAUCGGCAGCCCGAGUCAGGGGUGGACUGGAAGCCUAAUCGGCAGCCCGAGUCCGGGGUGGACUGGAAGCCUAAUCGGCAGCCCGAGUCCGGGGUGGACUGGAAGCCUAAUCGGCAGCCCGAGUCCGGGGUGGACUGGAAGCCUAAUCGGCAGCCCGAGUCCGGGGUGGACUGGAAGCCUAAUCGGCAGCCCGAGUCAGGGGUGGACUGGAAGCCUAAUCGGCAGCCCGAGUCCGGGGUGGACUGGAAGCCUAAUCGGCAGCCCGAGUCCGGGGUGGACUGGAAGCCUAAUCGGCAGCCCGAGUCCGGGGUGGACUGGAAGCCUAAUCGGCAGCCCGAGUCAGGGGUGGACUGGAAGCCUAAUCGGCAGCCCGAGUCAGGGGUGGACUGGAAGCCUAAUCGGCAGCCCGAGUCAGGGGUGGACUGGAAGCCUAAUCGGCAGCCCGAGUCAGGGGUGGACUGGAAGCCUAAUCGGCAGCCCGAGUCAGGGGUGGACUGGAAGCCUAAUCGGCAGCCCGAGUCAGGGGUGGACUGGAAGCCUAAUCGGCAGCCCGAGUCAGGGGUGGACUGGAAGCCUAAUCGGCAGCCCGAGUCAGGGGUGGACUGGAAGCCUAAUCGGCAGCCCGAGUCAGGGGUGGACUGGAAGCCUAAUCGGCAGCCCGAGUCAGGGGUGGACUGGAAGCCUAAUCGGCAGCCCGAGUCAGGGGUGGACUGGAAGCCUAAUCGGCAGCCCGAGUCAGGGGUGGACUGGAAGCCUAAUCGGCAGCCCGAGUCAGGGGUGGACUGGAAGCCUAAUCGGCAGCCCGAGUCAGGGGUGGACUGGAAGCCUAAUCGGCAGCCCGAGUCAGGGGUGGACUGGAAGCCUAAUCGGCAGCCCGAGUCAGGGGUGGACUGGAAGCCUAAUCGGCAGCCCGAGUCAGGGGUGGACUGGAAGCCUAAUCGGCAGCCCGAGUCAGGGGUGGACUGGAAGCCUAAUCGGCAGCCCGAGUCAGGGGUGGACUGGAAGCCUAAUCGGCAGCCCGAGUCAGGGGUGGACUGGAAGCCUAAUCGGCAGCCCGAGUCAGGGGUGGACUGGAAGCCUAAUCGGCAGCCCGAGUCAGGGGUGGACUGGAAGCCUAAUCGGCAGCCCGAGUCAGGGGUGGACUGGAAGCCUAAUCGGCAGCCCGAGUCCGGGGUGGACUGGAAGCCUAAUCGGCAGCCCGAGUCCGGGGUGGACUGGAAGCCUAAUCGGCAGCCCGAGUCAGGGGUGGACUGGAAGCCUAAUCGGCAGCCCGAGUCCGGGGUGGACUGGAAGCCUAAUCGGCAGCCCGAGUCCGGGGUGGACUGGAAGCCUAAUCGGCAGCCCGAGUCCGGGGUGGACUGGAAGCCUAAUCGGCAGCCCGAGUCCGGGGUGGACUGGAAGCCUAAUCGGCAGCCCGAGUCCGGGGUGGACUGGAAGCCUAAUCGGCAGCCCGAGUCAGGGGUGGACUGGAAGCCUAAUCGGCAGCCCGAGUCAGGGGUGGACUGGAAGCCUAAUCGGCAGCCCGAGUCAGGGGUGGACUGGAAGCCUAAUCGGCAGCCCGAGUCAGGGGUGGACUGGAAGCCUAAUCGGCAGCCCGAGUCAGGGGUGGACUGGAAGCCUAAUCGGCAGCCCGAGUCCGGGGUGGACUGGAAGCCUAAUCGGCAGCCCGAGUCCGGGGUGGACUGGAAGCCUAAUCGGCAGCCCGAGUCAGGGGUGGACUGGAAGCCUAAUCGGCAGCCCGAGUCCGGGGUGGACUGGAAGCCUAAUCGGCAGCCCGAGUCCGGGGUGGACUGGAAGCCUAAUCGGCAGCCCGAGUCAGGGGUGGACUGGAAGCCUAAUCGGCAGCCCGAGUCAGGGGUGGACUGGAAGCCUAAUCGGCAGCCCGAGUCAGGGGUGGACUGGAAGCCUAAUCGGCAGCCCGAGUCAGGGGUGGACUGGAAGCCUAAUCGGCAGCCCGAGUCAGGGGUGGACUGGAAGCCUAAUCGGCAGCCCGAGUCAGGGGUGGACUGGAAGCCUAAUCGGCAGCCCGAGUCAGGGGUGGACUGGAAGCCUAAUCGGCAGCCCGAGUCAGGGGUGGACUGGAAGCCUAAUCGGCAGCCCGAGUCCGGGGUGGACUGGAAGCCUAAUCGGCAGCCCGAGUCCGGGGUGGACUGGAAGCCUAAUCGGCAGCCCGAGUCCGGGGUGGACUGGAAGCCUAAUCGGCAGCCCGAGUCAGGGGUGGACUGGAAGCCUAAUCGGCAGCCCGAGUCCGGGGUGGACUGGAAGCCUAAUCGGCAGCCCGAGUCCGGGGUGGACUGGAAGCCUAAUCGGCAGCCCGAGUCCGGGGUGGACUGGAAGCCUAAUCGGCAGCCCGAGUCCGGGGUGGACUGGAAGCCUAAUCGGCAGCCCGAGUCCGGGGUGGACUGGAAGCCUAAUCGGCAGCCCGAGUCCGGGGUGGACUGGAAGCCUAAUCGGCAGCCCGAGUCCGGGGUGGACUGGAAGCCUAAUCGGCAGCCCGAGUCCGGGGUGGACUGGAAGCCUAAUCGGCAGCCCGAGUCCGGGGUGGACUGGAAGCCUAAUCGGCAGCCCGAGUCCGGGGUGGACUGGAAGCCUAAUCGGCAGCCCGAGUCAGGGGUGGACUGGAAGCCUAAUCGGCAGCCCGAGUCAGGGGUGGACUGGAAGCCUAAUCGGCAGCCCGAGUCAGGGGUGGACUGGAAGCCUAAUCGGCAGCCCGAGUCCGGGGUGGACUGGAAGCCUAAUCGGCAGCCCGAGUCCGGGGUGGACUGGAAGCCUAAUCGGCAGCCCGAGUCAGGGGUGGACUGGAAGCCUAAUCGGCAGCCCGAGUCAGGGGUGGACUGGAAGCCUAAUCGGCAGCCCGAGUCAGGGGUGGACUGGAAGCCUAAUCGGCAGCCCGAGUCCGGGGUGGACUGGAAGCCUAAUCGGCAGCCCGAGUCCGGGGUGGACUGGAAGCCUAAUCGGCAGCCCGAGUCAGGGGUGGACUGGAAGCCUAAUCGGCAGCCCGAGUCAGGGGUGGACUGGAAGCCUAAUCGGCAGCCCGAGUCAGGGGUGGACUGGAAGCCUAAUCGGCAGCCCGAGUCCGGGGUGGACUGGAAGCCUAAUCGGCAGCCCGAGUCCGGGCCCGAGUCAGGGGUGGACUGGAAGCCUAAUCGGCAGCCCGAGUCCGGGGUGGACUGGAAGCCUAAUCGGCAGCCCGAGUCAGGGGUGGACUGGAAGCCUAAUCGGCAGCCCGAGUCAGGGGUGGACUGGAAGCCUAAUCGGCAGCCCGAGUCAGGGGUGGACUGGAAGCCUAAUCGGCAGCCCGAGUCAGGGGUGGACUGGAAGCCUAAUCGGCAGCCCGAGUCCGGGGUGGACUGGAAGCCUAAUCGGCAGCCCGAGUCAGGGGUGGACUGGAAGCCUAAUCGGCAGCCCGAGUCAGGGGUGGACUGGAAGCCUAAUCGGCAGCCCGAGUCCGGGGUGGACUGGAAGCCUAAUCGGCAGCCCGAGUCAGGGGUGGACUGGAAGCCUAAUCGGCAGCCCGAGUCCGGGGUGGACUGGAAGCCUAAUCGGCAGCCCGAGUCCGGGGUGGACUGGAAGCCUAAUCGGCAGCCCGAGUCAGGGGUGGACUGGAAGCCUAAUCGGCAGCCCGAGUCAGGGGUGGACUGGAAGCCUAAUCGGCAGCCCGAGUCCGGGGUGGACUGGAAGCCUAAUCGGCAGCCCGAGUCCGGGGUGGACUGGAAGCCUAAUCGGCAGCCCGAGUCAGGGGUGGACUGGAAGCCUAAUCGGCAGCCCGAGUCAGGGGUGGACUGGAAGCCUAAUCGGCAGCCCGAGUCAGGGGUGGACUGGAAGCCUAAUCGGCAGCCCGAGUCCGGGGUGGACUGGAAGCCUAAUCGGCAGCCCGAGUCAGGGGUGGACUGGAAGCCUAAUCGGCAGCCCGAGUCAGGGGUGGACUGGAAGCCUAAUCGGCAGCCCGAGUCAGGGGUGGACUGGAAGCCUAAUCGGCAGCCCGAGUCAGGGGUGGACUGGAAGCCUAAUCGGCAGCCCGAGUCAGGGGUGGACUGGAAGCCUAAUCGGCAGCCCGAGUCAGGGGUGGACUGGAAGCCUAAUCGGCAGCCCGAGUCAGGGGUGGACUGGAAGCCUAAUCGGCAGCCCGAGUCAGGGGUGGACUGGAAGCCUAAUCGGCAGCCCGAGUCAGGGGUGGACUGGAAGCCUAAUCGGCAGCCCGAGUCAGGGGUGGACUGGAAGCCUAAUCGGCAGCCCGAGUCAGGGGUGGACUGGAAGCCUAAUCGGCAGCCCGAGUCAGGGGUGGACUGGAAGCCUAAUCGGCAGCCCGAGUCCGGGGUGGACUGGAAGCCUAAUCGGCAGCCCGAGUCCGGGGUGGACUGGAAGCCUAAUCGGCAGCCCGAGUCCGGGGUGGACUGGAAGCCUAAUCGGCAGCCCGAGUCCGGGGUGGACUGGAAGCCUAAUCGGCAGCCCGAGUCAGGGGUGGACUGGAAGCCUAAUCGGCAGCCCGAGUCCGGGGUGGACUGGAAGCCUAAUCGGCAGCCCGAGUCCGGGGUGGACUGGAAGCCUAAUCGGCAGCCCGAGUCCGGGGUGGACUGGAAGCCUAAUCGGCAGCCCGAGUCAGGGGUGGACUGGAAGCCUAAUCGGCAGCCCGAGUCAGGGGUGGACUGGAAGCCUAAUCGGCAGCCCGAGUCAGGGGUGGACUGGAAGCCUAAUCGGCAGCCCGAGUCAGGGGUGGACUGGAAGCCUAAUCGGCAGCCCGAGUCCGGGGUGGACUGGAAGCCUAAUCGGCAGCCCGAGUCAGGGGUGGACUGGAAGCCUAAUCGGCAGCCCGAGUCAGGGGUGGACUGGAAGCCUAAUCGGCAGCCCGAGUCAGGGGUGGACUGGAAGCCUAAUCGGCAGCCCGAGUCAGGGGUGGACUGGAAGCCUAAUCGGCAGCCCGAGUCCGGGGUGGACUGGAAGCCUAAUCGGCAGCCCGAGUCCGGGGUGGACUGGAAGCCUAAUCGGCAGCCCGAGUCCGGGGUGGACUGGAAGCCUAAUCGGCAGCCCGAGUCCGGGGUGGACUGGAAGCCUAAUCGGCAGCCCGAGUCCGGGGUGGACUGGAAGCCUAAUCGGCAGCCCGAGUCCGGGGUGGACUGGAAGCCUAAUCGGCAGCCCGAGUCCGGGGUGGACUGGAAGCCUAAUCGGCAGCCCCGAGUCCGGGGUGGACUGGAAGCCUAA